AUGCGCAUGGGCUUUGGAGAGCUGGGACAAUGGACUAGCUCCCGGACCGACCUGAUUCCUCCCGAAAUCUGCGCCGUCUUUGCUCGUCUCCAGAACCGUGUGACACCCCACCCGUUUUCCGCAACCCGAUCGGCUGUCCAAGCCCUCUACAACAACGUACCGCUCGAUGAUAUUUUUAUUGAAUUUGAUGUAGAUCCUAUUGGUGUUGGUGCGGUCGCCCAAGUUCACCGCGCGGUUCUCAACCCCACAGAUACGUCUCCACCCAUUGAAUGCGCCAUCAAAGUCCUUCACCCUAACGUAGAAGAACAAGUAUCGAUCGACCUGGCCCUUCUCGCCGCCUUUGGUGCCUUUCUGAACCUCUUUCCUGCCGCCAAGUACCUCUCCAUCCCAGAGGAAAUCGCCACCUUUGAUCACAUGAUGCGGGAUCAAAUGGACAUGACCAUUGAAGCUCGAAAUCUGGACAUCUUUCGGGAGAACUUUGAGGGGCAAGAUGAGAAGGGGCGGAGAAGGGGAGUGGCGAAUGUCACUUUUCCAAAGCCACUCAAGGCAUCUCGACGAGUUUUGGUCGAAACAUUUCAUCAUGGGUUGUUGCUGAGGAGUUUGUUGGAUAAUGGGCCGACACCGUACGAUGCCCAACUCGCUCUUAUUGGAGUUUCGGCAUUCAUGCAAAUGAUCCUCAAAGACAACUUUUACCACUGCGACCUCCACCCUGGCAACAUCCUCAUCACUUUUUCGCGCACCCCCUCCUCACCCAGCAUGGCUCAAAAAGCCGGGGCAUGGCUCACAACCAAAAUAGACCCCACCAAAGACGCCAAAACCCAAUCACUCUUCCAUCCUCAAACUCUUGCGCGCGACGCAUUGGACAACCUUGCUCGUGCACCAUCGGAUGCGUGGAAAUCGAUUCUCCAGCGGAUGGUGAAUGAAGGAUAUGAGCCUCAGGUUGUGCUCCUGGACGCGGGGAUCGUGUCCAGCCUGAGUCCAAAGAACAUGGAUAAUGUUAAGGAAUCAUUUCGAGCUGGUUUGGAAUACGAUGGGGCUCGCAUUGCAGAAUUGCUCUUGACGCGAUGUAAAGAUCCUGACAAUGUGCGGGACCCUGAAGGAGCAAAGGAAACACUGCGUGUCAUUAUGGAUGACUUGAAAAUGGACGCGGGCGGCCGGCUCCCACUGUCCAGGAUUCAUACCGCAAAGGUCAUUGCGCGGGUUGCCACAUUGUUGAGGGAUCAUCGGAUUGGAUUGGAUGGAGAGUUUGUUGGGCUUUUUGUUUGUUCUGUAAUUAUUGAGGGGGUUGGGAGAAAGUUAGAUGCCGAUAUGGACUUAUUGGAGCCUUUGGCCGAGUAUCUAUGA